GCUCCGGCUCCAGGCGUGGGCGGGGCGAGGCUUGACGGGGCAGGGGAUGACGAAGGAGAAGGCGAAGACCCCCACCAGGCAGAGCGCGAGCGAGAGGAAGAAGGCCCCCGCCCGCCACCGCGACAGCCGCUCCUCCCGCUUCCUCCGCGGCGAAGCUGGCACGGGCCCUGUCACCGCGCAGUUGCCCGCCGCCUCCACCGCCGCCUCCUCGCGCUUCAGCGGCCGGGCCUCCGCCUCCAUGGGGCCUCCUCCGCCCUCCAUCGAGACAACACGGAGAGAAGACGGAAGUGAGGCGCCGCCGGAAGAGGCGGCAACGUCACACACACGCGCCGGAAGUCACUGUCUAAUAGCCAUGGCGCGGGUCAAGGAGGCACGGCUGCUUCUGCGGAUGCUCCUUGCGGCGCCGCGCGGCGGGAAGAGAGGCCCCUGGAGCCCACCGCCCCUCCGCCUCCCUCUUUGCCCGCGAGCCCCCGCUUGGGCCUGGGCGCGCGGAUGCAGCACCACCAGCGUUGGCGGCAGAGCGGCCCACAGCCCGGAAAAGGAGGAGGAGGAGGAGCAGCAACAGCCCCUUCACCGGUUGCAUGGCCGUCCUCAGAGCCUCCCAGGCUCCGGCUCCAGGCAUGAGUUCCAGGCCGAGACCAGGAAGCUGCUGGAUAUCGUGGCCCGAUCCCUCUACUCCGAGAAGGAGGUCUUCAUCCGGGAGCUGAUCUCCAACGGCAGUGAUGCUCUGGAGAAGCUGCGCCACCAACUGCUCUCUGAAGGGAAGGCCUUGCCUGAGCUGGAGAUCCACCUGGAGACGGACCCCCAGGAGGGAACGCUCACUGUGCAGGACACCGGGAUUGGGAUGACAAGGGAAGAGCUGCUGUCCCACCUGGGCACCAUUGCACGUUCUGGCUCCAAGGCCUUUCUGGACCUGAUGGAGAACCAGGCGGAGGUCGGCAGCAGAAUCAUUGGCCAGUUUGGAGUGGGCUUCUACUCCGCCUUCAUGGUGGCUGACCAAGUGGAGGUUUUUUCACAGCCGGCGGAUCCAGGCCUCCCCAGCUACUGCUGGCGUUCAGACGGUUCUGGCACCUUUGAGAUCACCGAAGCCUCCGGAGUCCAAGGUGGGACUAAAAUCAUCCUCCACCUCAAAGAGGACUGCAAGGAAUUUGCCAGCGAGGAACGUGUCAAGGAGAUCAUCACAAAAUACAGCAACUUCGUCAGUUUCCCCAUCUACCUGAAUGGGCGACGCAUCAACACCUUGCAGGCCCUGUGGACGAUGGAUCCCAAGGACAUUGGGGACUGGCAGCACAAGGAGUUUUACCGCUUCAUUGCCCAGGCGCAUGACGAGCCGCGCUACAUCCUCCACUACAAGACUGAUGCUCCCCUCAACAUCCGCAGCCUCUUCUACGUCCCCCAGAUGAAACCCUCCAUGUUUGAUGUCAGCCGGGAGCUGGGCUCCAGCGUGGCCCUCUACAGCCGCAAGGUCUUGAUCCUGACGAAAGCCACAGACAUCUUGCCCAAGUGGCUGCGCUUCCUCAAAGGUGUUGUGGACAGUGAGGACAUCCCCCUCAACCUCAGCCGGGAGCUGCUUCAGGAGAGUGUCCUCAUCAGGAAGCUGCGAGACGUCCUGCAGCAGCGACUGAUUAGGUUCUUUGUGGAGCAGAGCAAGAAGGACCCUGAGAAGUACGCCAAGUUCUUUGAGGACUAUGGACUGUUCAUGCGGGAGGGAAUCGUCACCAUUGCCGAGCAGGAGGUCAAGGAGGACAUUGCAAAGCUGCUGCGCUAUGAGUCCUCAGCACUCCCCGCUGGGCAGCUGACCAGCCUCCCAGAGUAUGCCACCCGCAUGGCCCCCGGCAGCAGGAACAUCUACUACCUGUGCGCUCCCAGCCGCCAACUGGCCGAACGCUCCCCCUACUAUGAAGCCAUGAAGAAGAAGGAGGCCGAGGUCCUCUUCUGCUAUGAGCAGUUUGACGAACUGACUCUCCUGCACCUGCGGGAGUUCGACAAGAAGAAGCUCAUGUCAGUGGAGACUGACAUUGUGGUUGACCACUACAAGGAGGAGGCGUUUGAGGAGAAGCAGCCAGCGGAGGAGGGCCUGAGCCCACAGGAUACAGAAGAACUCAUGGCUUGGAUGAGGAAUGUAUUGGGCACACGAGUCAGUGCCAUCAAGGUCACCCCGCGCCUAGACACGCACCCAGCUAUGAUUACAGUGCUGGAGAUGGGAGCUGCCCGGCACUUCCUGCGCAUGCAGCAGCUGGCCAAGAGCAGUGAGGAGCGGGCACAGAUCCUGCAGCCCACGUUGGAGAUCAACGCAGGGCACACUCUGAUCCAGAAGCUCAGCCAGCUGCGGAUCUCUCAGCCAGACCUGGCCCAGAUGCUGCUUGAGCAGAUCUACGACAACGCCAUGAUCGCGGCCGGCCUGAGCGACGACCCCCGACCCAUGGUCAGCCGACUGAACCAGCUCCUGGCCAGAGCCCUGGAGAAGCACUGAGGCUCACGAGAAGGACUGACCAGAGAGAGAGAGAGAGAGAGAGAAGCCCCACUCUAUUUAAUUCCCCUUCCUUCCCUUCAAUAAAGACCCUUCUGUUCCC